UGUGAGCUCGGAAAGGUGGAUGAGCGCGUGUGCUGGUCGCGAGGAGGAGAGAGCACGAGAUGCUGCUGCUAUUGCUGACACAUUCCUUAAAAGAUGUGUAAAAUGGCGCAAGUAUGUUAGAGCCACCGGCUGUAGUUUGGAUCGAGAGGAACUGAUUUACUGCUUUCCCAUCCUUGUCUUCGCACUUGCUUCGCCUUCUUUUGCAUCCCGUCUAAUUUUCAAUGUGAUUAAAUGGCUUCCGGACGGCGCCGACAGGCUCCACGCUCACUCGGAAUACUCCUGCUCGCCAUUGUCGGUGUGACAUGUGGGGGUGAGCUGUCAUUCACUCUGGAGCCCAGUGACAUCAUUGCUGUUCAGGAACACCCUCUGAUGCUGCACUGUCAGGUGGAGGGGAUCCCACCCAUCACCACACAGUGGAGGCGCAACGGAGCUCUGAUAGUGGAGGACCAAAACUAUGUCAUGUUUGCUAAUGGCUCGCUUCUGAUUGGUCACUUCCAGAAGACCAAGUCUGAUGGCUCGUCUGAUGAGGGCGAUUAUGAAUGCAUAGCCCAAAACUUCUUUGGGCUGGUCUUGAGCCGCAAAGCCAGAGUGCAGGCUGCUACAAUGGCAGAUUUUCAUGUGCAGCCACGUUCAGUGCGUGCAGAGCUGGGAGGUGUUGGGCGAUUUCAGUGCCAAAUCCAUGGUCUGCCUGAGCCAGUCAUCAGCUGGGAAAGAGACGGGCGUCCCGUGGAUACCUCUGAUGACAGGUUUACUCUGUUGCCCACGGGUGUGCUGCAGAUAACGGGUGUUCGCCCUGAGGACAGUGGUAUGUACUGCUGUGUCGCACACAACAGUGCGGGAGUCAAACACAGCGCAGGAGCACAGCUAACAGUCUCAGGCUCCCAGUCAUCUGUUUACAAAGAACCCAUGAUCCUAGUGGGCCCUGAAAACCUCACGCUCACAGUUCACCAGACCGCCAUCUUGGAGUGUGUUGCCACGGGUUAUCCUCGCCCAAUUGUUUCGUGGAGUAGGCUGGAUGGCCGGCCAAUAGGAGUUGAGGGUAUCCAGGUUCUAGGAACAGGAAACCUGAUGAUCUCUGAUGUCAGAGUUCAGCAUUCUGGGGUCUACGUCUGUGCGGCCAACAAGCCAGGAACCCGUGUACGCAGAACUGCUCAGGGACGCCUGGUUGUGCAAGCCCCUGCUGAGUUUGUGCAGCCCCCUCAGUCUAUUGCUCGCCCGGUGGGCACCACUGCCAUCUUCACUUGUCUGGCCCAGGGUGAGCCAGUCCCACAGAUCACCUGGCUGAAAAAUGGACAAAUCUUAGAGCCCGAUGGCCAUGUCAAACUCAGGAACAGCAACAGUACUCUGGCCAUCUAUGGAGUGACCCAGGAUGAUGAGGCCAUAUAUCAGUGUAUUGCAGAGAACAGUGCCGGCUCCACACAGGCCAGUGCCCGUCUGACUGUGCUGUGGGCUGACGGGUUGCCGGGUAUGCCCACGGGUGUACGUGCAGAAGUCCUUUCUCCAACUUCCAUUCAGGUGUCCUGGAAAGAGCCCACCCAAAACACUCAGGACAUAAUUGGAUACGUAUUGCAUAUCCGCAAGACUGCUGACCCAGUGGAGAUGGAGUACCAGGAGGCUGUGAGUAAAAUGACCCUGCAGCAAAUAAUCGGAGAUCUGGAGCCUUCCACCAGCUACAGCUUCUAUGUGAAGGCUUACACGUCCCGCGGAGCCAGCAAAGCCUCUGAGACGGCUGUGGAGAGCACACUGGGAGAAGUCCCUGCUCCACCAGCCUUGUUCACGAAGGUGAUUAAUUUGACGGUGGUUCAGGCCACAUGGGAACCCUCCACUAAGAUGGGCCAACAGGAAGGAUUCAGUCUCUACUACCGUAAAGUUCCUGUCCCCAUCUUCACUGGACCGCUUACCUUCCCACGUAAUGUGACCCAGUACAACAUCACUCAGCUGGAUCCCUCUUUUGUGUAUGAAAUUAAGAUUCUGGCUUUUAACCAGCAUGGAGAGGGCAAUGCCACCCUGCGCUUUGUGUCGCUCAAAGAGGCAGUGGAGAAAUCAGUGCUAAAUACCCCUUGCAACUGUGUAAAAGAUGAACAGAAUAAAAGCUCCACCACAGGCAUUAUCAUCGGCAUCCAUAUUGGAGUCACUUGCAUCAUUUUCUGUGUCCUUUUCCUCAUGUUUAGCUACAGGGGCAGGUUGAUGAUGUGUAAAACUGUGCAGGCCACCCGACAGGCGGGCCGUAACCCAGCAGCAGGAGUUGUGCUCGAAUCCUCCUCUUCCUCACAGGGGGCUCUGGCCCUCAACGGCCCCCACAGGUUCAGCUCAGACGGGAAUGGAGGAACCCACACUGCAAAGAGCUGCACCGACUCCAACGAGAUGGAGAGACUCUUCUCAGGACCAUCCCACUUCUCCCAUCCACCUGACCCCACCCACACAAUUGAGAGCUCUUUGGUCUCUUGUCCGUUGAACGAAACCCAGAUAUCCACACUUCCCCUUGAUGACUUCAGCCUGAUGGAGGAGUGCGAGGUGCAGUUCCGGCUACACCCAGCAGAGGGCCAACAGGAUGAAGACUGAUGAAGAAAUGAAGGCCAAGAAUAUCCUCUACUCAGACUCCUGUCCGACUCAGGUCAACUGAAGUGUUCGUCUUUUUAGUUCUGUUUUGAUCGUGCAAAGAAUAUAUUAUUCGCAAGUUAAGUUCCCUUUGUGGGAAUCACUGGACUGUAAUGCCACGGGGUCCCUGUGGCUUCAUGGUAGGUGAGGUUCUGUGAUGGAAAUCUAUUAUUUCUCAUUGGUAGGUGAACAAAUACACUCUUGCAGUUAGAGCUGGCAGUAUACAGCGGAAGUCUCCAGUCACUAGUAUCUAUAAUUGAUUUCACUUGGCUUCUUCUGCACAACAGAGAAGUAUUAUUCCUACUAAAACAUAUUCGACUUGCUGCCUUCUCUUAACCUACCAAUGAUUUCAGAAGCCCAUCCAUCAGAGACCAAGACCUUCUUCCAAGAAUUUCUAAUUAUUCUCAGGACUUUUUUUUUCCCCCACUGAUAUCAAUGUUUUGUUUUUUAAGUAGGUCUUAGCCUCCAUGAAGACUUUAGGCUCGGCUAUGUGAACCUUAGAUUUUGCAACAAAAAACCUACCUCAGCUGGAAUGAAUGUCUUGUAGGAAGUCUUUGAGAUCUGCAUAUUGCUGUCUGUUCUGUUUUUAUACACAUCAAGCAUUCAGUCAAAAGAGAUGAAGGUGCUUCUCUACCUCAGAUUUCAAGGACUGCCGCUCUCCUGCUCGUUGAAGCAAAACAAGAAAAAAAUCCAACAUAUAGCACUUCCAAAUGUUGAAGUCAAUGUUCUACCUCAAAAUAACAAUGUUGUUCUUGUCGUUGUGGUUAUUUUCACGUAUUGAAACAUAGCCUCUUGUUUGUGAGAUCCUGGCUUCACUAUGUUGAUGAAUUGCUGUGUUUUGAUAUGUCAGUACCUCAUGCCAGUUGACAGAUGACAUUGUUCUAUGAAUUCUACUUGUAAAGAUGUUUUGAUAGUUUCCUUGUAUUCACAUAGGAUUUUUUUGGGUUCUAUGUUUCCUGAUCAAGAGUAUUUUUUAUUUGAAUCGUAGUCAACGCAGUAAAAUGGAAAGACUUUUUAAGAUAAACUGCACUGUUACUAAUGUCUUCAGGAUACAACAAUACUGCUCUCAGAUGAACCGUUGGAAGAAGGGAGGCCAGCAUACGCAACACUGGAUGUAAGCAUUCAAAUGAUGUGUAGGUAUUUGACUAGUUGGAGUUCAUGUGUUUUGCAUGUCACAAAAGAACUGGGAAGAUCGACAAGUGUGUGAAGUGUUCUUUACAGAAGUAGGCACAUAUACUGUUUCUAUGGGUGCUGAUAGAAGUAAAUCGUGAUAUAGAUUAGUUAUCACGUGUUGUGAUAUUUCGUGAAGAGCUGAAAUGAGCUUUGCCUGGGUUGUAAUUACUAGACGUGAUCAUUUCCGAAGCUCAGGCACCCUUUGAUACUGUUGAGGCUGUUCAGAUACUCUGCUGCAUGUUAUGAUGUGAACGCCAAACUAUGGAAGAACUGGGCAUUCUAGAACUCUCCAGGAACAUUCCAUUAGAAGCCAAAGCCACUGGAGAUUCUCAUGGCUUCUAUGUGGAGUUCCAUCACUUUUAUUUUUUUUUUUAUAUCCCAUGCCCCUCGUCCAUGUUUUUAGUACCACAUUGAUCAGGGAGCACAAAGUGCAUCAGACAUACGCACACAUAACAUCUGUUGGCGUUAGACUGGAGGAUGAUGCCUGAGCUACUGCCGGUCAUCACUUCAUAUGUCUGGCCAGCUAUUGAAUCGCUUUUCAGUUGCUUUUCACUGUGUGCUCAGCCACCCAAUCCAAGACCAGCUGUUUCUUUUAAUGGGGAGGGAGAGUUGAAAGUACCAGCAAAAUGUUCUUUCUCCUCUGGUGUCCCAGUACUAUGGUACUUACAGUAUGUAUUUUUUUAUUAACCUACCUCGACACGGCAGUCAUACACUCAGGUCGCUCCUCCUACUCUAAUGGGGAGAUUGUAUUACUUGUAUAGUACACAUGCAUACACACAUCAGAGGAGAACAUCUCCUUUAGAUCCUUUAGCAGAUCAGUGCAGUGCAUUAGCUUUUCAUGUGCUUUCAUUUUAUUGAAUGUAUAGUGUUAUUUUUUUCAUGUUAUGUUUGUCUGUAUCAAAAAAUAGUCAUGUUUACUUUUUUCCGGCUGGUUCAGGUGACUGGUCUUUUCUUAAUUUAAAAGUGUAAACAUCAUCAUCAGUGUGUGUAAAUAAUGAGUCAGAUUUGCAUAUUUUCAUAACGCCCACAAAUAUUCUGAACUGUAAUUAAUCCUUUUUUUUAAAGAAAUGGACGAAGUAAGCCUAGAUAAUCAAAAAAAUCCUAUUCAUUUAAGGUAUAUUCCUUCAAAUACCGGUUCUGGAACAGAAUUGCACAGUAUAUUACAGUGUAGAAAAGACUCAGACAAUGUGCUGUAUAUUUAUUGUACCGAUUGCAUUGUAGUGUUGUCAAUGGAGACUGUAGAAGCUUUUGUGUUGUCUGUAUACAGAUAAGUGCACAGUUCUCUGACUGUGUUAAAUAGAGUUAAUGGAAAAGAGUCUGAACAACGAAAGGAAUGUGAUAUGCUGUGCUGUAAAACUUUGUCCCUAAUAAUGAAAGUCUCUAUGAAAUAAUAUCUGUUGUAAAGUCUUUGUGCUCUUGGCAUUCCUGUAAUAAGACGAAAUGGUUUCAUCUGUUGUGUAAUGCGAUACAAGCAAUUCUCAAUGCUGUUACAUUUCCAAAAGUUAUCUGCAGUUUUUUUUGUUUGUUUUUUUUGCGUGUUUUCUGAUAGAUUUGGUCUUGUGAGCUUUGUAAACUGCUAGUGUGCAGAUCAGAACUUUUACAACAGUAAUGAGCAUCAACGGGCUUCAGGAUUCCAGUGUGGUCUCUAGACACAGAUUUGGUUGAAUUAGGGUGGUUGUUUGACCACAAACAGACAGCUGUUUUCAGUUGAUCAGUUCAUGUCGUUCAUAUCUGUGCUAGCUCAGACUGAUGGCAUGAUCCCAUCUCUUUUUCAGAUCUAGAGAUUCAUCUUUGAACUUUUUACAGAGGUAUUUAGCCCUGUUUCAAAUCAAGGGCCAUUUUGCAUUCGUUGAACCUGUGCUGGUUAUCCUCAUGCUGAAAACUAUUACUGUGAUAAAGCAUUAGAUCCUCAGGCUUUCUGACGGCUCUGAGUGCUUUAUUUCCAUUCAAUAUUUAGUAUCGUUUCUGGCUCGAAUCCAUGAAAGAACAAAGAACAUGUUACCAAAAUGGCCCCUCGUCACGUAUAUACACACACACACAUGCAGUCACAUCCCUGUAUAGAAAGACAUGUUUGUGUCAGCAUUAGUCCCGUGUCCCAGAUUUCCCCGGGGAGUCUCAGGGAUGAGGCAUGAACAUGUAGCAGCCUCGGCUCCCGCCAGCACUAUGGCAACACCAACCUAUUCACAGCAGCAGAAAAACGUUCAAACUUUGAAAUCUGUAAAACCAACCGCUUUUUGUUGAGGAUAAUAUGUACCAGUUUCACUCUGUUAAGCCCCUUUCAGGACCUGGGAUUACAUGGGUGUGCACUUUUGGUGAGGGGACCAAUAGCAGCCCAACUGAAUUGAUAUCCUCGCUUUUACAGUUGCACUCACACAGAGACUUUAAACUUGUGUAUUUGAAGCAAUCACAGCAUGAGGUUUAUAGAAGCGCCUGGGGAUUCCUGAUGUUACCAUGUGAAAAUCUGAUCCUGUCAUGAUGUCUGUUACUGUUAGUAAAAUCUUAGUGCUGUAGUGUUCAUAAAAACAAAUGGGAAAUAUUUAUAGCGAUGCUCUUACAAUGGAAGCAGAAAAACAGCCUGUAGUGUGGGGUUUAAAAAUAGAAUGUUUUUCACAGCAUAAAAUUAUUGGUGAAAUACCGUAGCUCUUAAUAUUUCUACUUUUCUAGUAGAACCAAUGGAAUUAUUUUGGAUGGAUGUUGAAGAAUCAAUUGAAUGUGCUUUGCAGUUACUUCUAACUAAACACAUUGUGAUGGUCUCAAGCUAACAAGUUAUAGUUAUGCUUUUGAUACAGUGUGACACAUCUGUAUUUUAAAUAUUUAUUCCCACUUGACUUUUAGGCUUCCAUUGUAAGUUUAUUGCUGUGUUGGUGUUUCCUGGUUGUUUUUAUUUAUUGUGUGUGGUAAUCGACAGCAUGACAGACAAAAAAACUGGAAUAUUCAUCAUGGUCAUUGUGAAGUACAAAAGGAUUAAUCCUGUGCUGUUUCCACAGACUUGUUUGUACUGUUGAAAAAUUCAUAGUGAUAAAAAAUGAAUAUUUUACAGAUUAGAUUAAGGCUAGUUGGCAAGCACACAUUGGAUGGCACACCUGCAUUUCUGGUUUUUAACCUCAUCUCAGCUCAUUUAAAUAUAAAGCAGUUCUCAGUUUUGGUUCUAGUACAGUGAAUGUGAAGAUGACCGUCACAUCUGUAAAACUGUGUUCAUGACUGAAACACUGAAAAUCUCCUAAUAUGGUGCUAUUUCUGCAAAUCACAAGACGUUCUUGUCCAUUUUUAGCGUUUUCAUGUUCAGCUUGUUCUUCUGUUUGGACAUAUUCAUCUCCUCUAACACAAAAGAUUGAAUUUCACCUUGCAUUCACAACUGCACUGUAAAGUUCUGGGUUAAAGACCUGUGUAACACUUUGUGAAGACGUGACCGAUUGAUUUACUGUCAAAGUGUGUUUUGUUCAAUUAAUGGAAAUGAAGGAAAUUAUGCAUUAAUGUAUCUGUGUAUAGCUGUUUAAGCACCAUCAGAGCUGCAGGAAAACAGGAACGACAGCAAUGCCUGGGGACAAACUCCAGCAAACACAGGCGUUUGUUUUGCGUGUGACCCUUCCUUUUCUCUUCACAGAAAGACUGUCAUUUUAGAUGAAAUAAAGAGAGCACAAGAGAUGACGCUCAACUGAGCAGGUGUGAGAUGUUCCGUUUUCACCGUUCAGUUCUUCAUGUAACUCACUCUCUGUAAUUCAGGUCCGGGUGAAAUAACAUUGGAAAAUGUUUCUACUAGUGUGUCUUCUCCAAAUUUGAUGUCUGUAACCCCCUCUGACCACAAACGGUCAGUGCUGUGUAUGUACAUAUGCAUAUAUUUGUAUGUGUAUAUUUAUAUAAAGAAAGAAUACUAGACCGUUUUAGUGGUUUGUAUUGUUUUAGGCUUCAUUGUGAAACACUGUUUAAAGUCAAUAACAAUGAUGACAAUAAACUAGUUCUAGUUUUAAAAAA